GCGACGCGACAACGGCAGGCGGUGGAGGAGCUGGAGGCCAAGGCCAUGGCUGGCAGCAGGUUCAUACUGCGGCUCGGCGAGCGCCUGCACGACCUCGGCAGCGCCACGGCUGCCCCCGCGGCCCCGCAACUGUGCAGCCUGGAGGACGCGAUGGGGUAUUGCGAAGGGGCAAUGGCGCCAGUCGAGAAGGCAAUGCGGAGGCUGGAGGUGCGGGCCCCCGGGCGACGAGCUCCGGGCUUCGUCGAGGCCGCGGUGCAGACGGAGGAGGCGCCGACGAAGGCGCUGGACGACUUUUUCGAGGGCAUCGAGGACAGCUUAGAUGGCUCCUCCGUGGGUCUCGCCGCUCGAGGAGUCAGCACCGGCACGAUGGGGUCGCUGCACCAGUCGAGCCCGAGCAGGAUCGGCUUCCACGGUGACGAGGAGGGCGAGCGCAACUGCAGCGCCUGCUUCGCGCAGCUUGGCAAGAGGCAUCUCCGACGUCGAUACCGCUGCGAGCUUUGCGGACAGGCCGUUUGUUCGUCGUGCUCCCCCAGCAGCGUGCAGGUGGACGGCGAGGGCGGCCUUCAGCGCGCAUGCACCCCGUGCGUGGGCAUCAUCCAGAAGGUGCCCGACAUGGCCAGCCGGUUUAUGCGCGUGGCCGAUCAGAUGAAAGGUUUGGCGGAGGCGGUGGUUGUGCCCGAGGCAAAGGCCAAGACCUUGGUGGCGCACAACUCUUUUGUGGCCACGCUCCCUGGAAGUCUUGGGGAGGCCGCCGCGGCCUGCGAGGGGCUCGUGCCGCCCAUGCAGGAGGUGGUGAGGCGGCAUGUGGAGCUCCGGGCACUCGCGGACGAGGCCUUCAAGCAGCUCGAGGCCCGCGCCGCCUACGCCGAGAGCGCCAGCCAGAAGUACAGGCAGUGCGUGGCCAGAAGUCCGACCAUGCCCGCCAACGGGCAGGAGGUUUUGGGACCCGCCGCGGUGGAGGACCCCAGCAGCCAGGACUUCUGGAACUCCUGA